AUUUCUCGUUUCCAUGGAAAUGUAAACAAAGGCACUGAGGAACUGACUUUAACUCGGACAGGUUUAAGGUUUAAAAUGAGUGGAUAAAUAUACUUUAACUGAAUAUUUAACCUAUCUGUGUGUUUACCUGCUGGUUCCGAGAUUCAGAUAUGGCUUAUUCACAGCUUCCUAAGAGGACUGGCCUGCCCAGAGAGGUUUUAAAGUGGCUGCAAAGUCUGGAUUUGUCCUUUUCUCCGAAGAAUUUGCGCAGAGACUUCUCCAAUGGGUACCUUGUGGCCGAGAUCUUUUCUAGGUUCUACCCAGAAGAUUUUCCCAUGCACUCCUACAGCAACGGGUCAUCACUGGCCACCAAGCAGGCCAACUGGACUCAGAUAGAGAAGGUUUUGAUGAAGCAGCAUCUCAGCCUGGUGAAAGAAGCUGUAGAAGGCACCAUCCACUGCAAACCUGGAGCAGCAGAGGCUUUAGUCCAGGAGAUGUACACCCUACUGACCAACAAAAGGAUCAAAACAGUCCAGCAGGAGGAGCUGGACUUCACAGAUCGGAGCUACCAGGAGCAGCUGCCAAUAGUGGCUCGAGCAACGGCCUCCAAAGCCAUCAAGAACAACAUGCGGCUCAGUGAAGAGAUGGCUGAGCCCAACAUUACAGCCAAACAGCAGAAGAUCCAGUCCAUCAUCCACCGUCAUGUGGAGCAGAGAAAAGAGGAGAGGAGCCGCCAUCCCAAGCGUUUCGGUGUGAAGCCCACGCUGGGCGAGCAGGCUGUUAGACUGCCCCCCGCCAGCGUCCAGAAUGACACAGACCUCUACACCAAGACCAGCCACACCAGCAAUCCAGCAGUGCUUGGGGUGAAAACCAUAGUCCAGUCUGGAGAGAUCAGACAUUGGCAAGUGGACACGCCAGCCCUGCUGUCCUGAAGAGGAUUCAAAAUGCACCAUAUAACUUCCAUUCUGAAUACUUUUAAUUUCUUUCUUUUUUACUCAUUUGGUUUUCUAUACUUUAUAAAUCAGUAGCUGAAAUUGCAGAGUUUCACAUAUAUUGUACAUUUCUUUAUAUGUUACGUAACAUUAUAACAGUCCACCAUUCAUUUUCGGAAUACUCUAAUAUGAGUUGAUUUUUUUUCCAUUUUUCUGUGUUACCAUCCUUAAAUCUCCUUAAAUAUUUGUUUUAUUCCUAAGAGAAAGUUUAUGAAAAAUUGCUAUUCUUCAAAAAAUUCUCAUAAGAAUAAUUUCAAGAACAAGUGGUCUUUUUGAAAAAAUUAUGCUCUUAAAUGUUUUUCUAACCUUCUAGCCUCUCACACUUGACUUAGGCUGUUAGAGUUGAUGAGGUGAGCAUCUAAAUUUAUGAAACAUAGAUGCUGCAUCUGCUACUCCCAAUCCUCAUCUUUUGCUUUUCGCUGUCACCCCACAAUUAUUGUAUUUCCUAAGGAGGAUUUUUUCAUGUUGGCUAGAUGUUGGCUCACCUCUUGGUUGAUACAUUUUUUACCGCUUAGUUUGAUUUCCUUCAUUUUGCUCCUCUGAGCGGAUUAAAUAAUGGAAAAAAACUGUUAAUACAAAUUUGAAAUGUAUCUUGCAGUGUUUAAAGUAAGCUGUAAUACAACACAGCUGCCAUAAGAAAACAAUGAAAAUUCUUAAAGAAUUCAUUAAGAUUCUCUUUUUUCAAGAAUUGCAUUUAAGGAUAGUGUUAUAACUUCUUAGUGUUUGUCUUAAGAACUGUCGCAAGUUUGUUUUUCUUAAGAAAGCUUUUGUGACUCUGGCUCCUGGUGCUUUCAAGAAGAUACACAUUCCAAUGCAGUUUUUUUGCACAUGGAGAGAGUGAAGACUAAUGAAAACUGAUGAAGCCACACGAGAAAAUUAGCAGAAGCAGCUUAGGCCAUAAAUGUCAAUAAGUGACCCCACAUAUUCCAUUCAUUGUGAUUCUAUUCUGUACUUAUUUUCAACAGUCCUCAUUUUUGUAAUAAUAAUAAUUUGUCCUCAGCAAAAACGU